AUGAGGUUACACUGUGUAUUUACGCUCGCGGGUCUGCUGGCACUGGCGCUGAGCGGCUCACUGGAGAAGGUGGACCAACGAUUUUUGAGCGAAGGCGCUUCGCUUCAGAUCCUUCAAGAGUACGAUGCCAUUUUGAACGAUCUUCGAAAGAUGGAUCCUCAAAAUCCUACAAUUUCUAAUGUGUUGUAUAAGCACGGACUAGUCAAUUUCUCUCUCAAGCGAGACAAAUUGGCUUUGCAGGAUUUCGAAUACUGUCUUGAUAUCAAUCCGAAUCACCAGGGCUGUUUAAACCGACUACAAGAGCUGUGCAUCGAAAUGGGUGAGUACGAUGAGGCAGAAGCGCGAGGAAUUAAUGUGGAUGAAUACAAGCAACUGGAGCAAGCCGUGGUGACACUACACAAGAACAAAAGAUACAAAGAAAGCAUAGAAAAGGCGCAGGAGCUCAUCAACAUGUCUCCGCUGAACAUGAGGGUGCGAGCCAUAGUUACUGACUGCUUGAAGAAUUCCAAAUUAGAUUUUCCACAAAAGGUUCAGCUUCUUGCCGACCAGUAUGGCGUACUUGUGAACAACGAUAGGUCUCUCGAGAAUUACGUGGAUCUCUUCGAUUUACAAUUUUUUGGCAAGGCUAUCGAUAUCGGCAGCUGCUCCAAAGUGUUGAAAACGUGUCUUAAAUAUGACAACGAUUAUAAGGAAUGUCGUGAACGGACUAAGAUGACAGUGAAAAUGAGCAAACUCCUUGAUUUGUACGAGCAGGUCUCCAUUUAUUACUCGUAUCUAUAUUUAGACGAGGGAGAUGUCGUGCGCGUGGAGGAAUUGGAACCAUCGGAUGAUGUAUGGCGACAGCUGCACAACCUCCUGUUUGGUAAAACCAAGGUGCGCGGCCAGGAGUCUUUGCUGGGUGUUGACCUUUCCAAAUAUCGUACCAACUUGGACGUCCUGGUAGAGUUGACUGUGAAAGCCCUAGAACGAUUUGGGUUUUCGAGACGUGAGAUUCUGGACCACUCACCGUUCCUCCACGAACUUGCUCGUAUGGCUAAGGAGUCCUGUAUCCGCACAGGAAACCCUUACAAAAAUAAACUGGAUUACAAGGACGAGAUUCUGCCGGAGCAGUUUGAAGAAGUGGACAAACUGCUGCGCAAAAAAAAGUAUGGCGAGGCUAAGCAGAAACUGGACGCCAUGCGUGGCGGUUUCAAAAAGAGCUCGUUAUGGAAACAGAGAAACGAACAGCUGUCUAAAUUCAGGGAGCAUGAGCAGAGGCAAAGAGCCAGGCAGCAGCAGCAGCAACAGCAACAACAGCAGUAUCAGCAUUAUCAGCAAUAUCGACAGUAUCGGCAGAACCAACAGCCGCCUCCACAAGGAGCUCCGGACGGCAUGGAUCCUUAUAAAGUGUUGGGAGUCUCGAAAACUGCUGAUGAUGCAGAAAUCAGAAAAGCAUACAGAGAAAAAAUGAAGCAGAACCAUCCAGAUAAAAUGAAAAAUUCCAACCUUUCGCAGGAGGAAAUCGAACAAAAGGUGGCUGAGAUCAACAAUGCCUACGAGAUCCUGUCGGAUGCGGAAUCGAAACAACGAUAUGACCAGCAAUCAAGUGGAAACCAUGGGCCGGGCUUUGCAGGUCAACAUUUUCGUCCUCCUAAUGCAGGCGGCGGCGCCUUCUUUCAGGGGGAACCCUUCGGAUUUAAUUUCCAUUUUGACUCAUUUGACCAGAAUGGCGUUAAACGCGGCUACAAAGUAAAGAGAAAAAGCAGUAGGGGCUGA